GCACAUGGUUCUCACUCAUAAGACACAUCUCGCUAGUAAUUGCCCGGAAUCGGUGCCGUUCGACGGACGCGCAGCGGCAGCGGCAGCGGCAGCGCCGUCGUUCCACUUCUUCCGUCUGCGCGCCUUUGACUUCUCCGCGUCUUUGAAUGGGGAAAGUGCGCGCGGGGCGCAUCCGCUGUGCUCGGGAUUUCCACGGUCAUUCCCACUCCACGUCGCAGAAACUCGCCUGGUUUUUGGGGCUGGGGGGGGGGGGCCGCUCCGGCGCGUCAGCUGUUGCGGGGCCGUGAUUGUGCGAUGAUCGCGCCGCAGUGAGCCCGUUGACCGCGGCCGCGCGCGCUCCCGCCGGGCACCAUGAACCCCGGCGGUCUGAAGUUUGUUAUUUUCACGGCACUUCAGGCUUUUUUCGUGUCCCUGUCGGUGUGCGACGGUGCGCUCCUCAGACCUGCUGAAGAGAAUCUUCUCAGCACAACUGCUGAGCCCAGAGCGGCGGCGGCGGCGAGGCGGCGGCUCUACGGGACCACGGUGCCGCUGCAGCUUGUUGGACGAGACUGGAAAAGCAUCGAGCAGCUGAAAGCGCAGAAUCAUCCUGCGUCACUGAAGCUCCUGAUUGAAGCGGAAGGUGAGCAGCUGCUCCUGGCUCUGGAGAGAAACGAGGGACUGUUUGCGAGUAACUACACUGAAACCCAUUACCUGGAUGAUGGCAGCGUGGUCGAAGCGACUCACAACAUCACGGCGAACUGCUACUACCACGGCGAGGUGGAGGGUCACGUCGACUCAGACGUCAGCCUCAGCAUCUGUGCCGGGAUCAAGGGGCUGGUCUCUCUGGACGGCAGGGCCUACGUGCUGGAGCCGUCUGCCGAUCACUCCGAUGGGACCCACUGGAUCUACAGAGCUGAACACCUCGCUCUCUCCGCCGGCACCUGCGGCCACGGUUUCAACACGUCCUACGCCACUGAGCACGCUCAGAGCGUCCCGUUCCGGACCUUCAGCGCACGGCACAAGCGUCACGCGCAGACGACAACCAAGUAUGUGGAACUGAUCAUCGUGGCCGACAACAGGGAGUUUCAGAAGCAAGGCAAGGACAUGGAGAAGGUUAAGCAGCGGCUGGCCGAGAUCGCCAAUUACGUGGACAAGUUCUACAGGGCCCUGAACAUCAGGGUGGCUCUGGUGGGCCUGGAGGUGUGGAGCGAUAUGGACAAGUGUCCCGUCACCCAGGACCCCUUCACCACGUUGCACGAGUUCCUGGACUGGAGGAAGGUGAAGCUGCUGCCUCACAAGCCCCACGACAACGCGCAGCUCAUCAGCGGGGUGUACUUCCAGGGCACCACCAUCGGCAUGGCGCCCAUCAUGAGCAUGUGCACGGCAGAGCAGUCCGGGGGGAUCGUCAUGGAUCACUCAGACAACCCUCUGGGAGCUGCAGUGACUUUAGCCCACGAGCUCGGACACAACUUCGGAAUGAACCACGACACGCCGGAGAGGGGCUGUGGCUGCAGGAUCACGGCGGAGCGCGGGGGCUGCAUCAUGACUCCGUCCACAGGGUAUCCGUUCCCCACAGCGUUCAGCAGCUGCAGCAAGAAGGACCUGACGGCCAGCUUCGAGAAGGGCAUCGGGAUGUGUCUGUUCAACAUGCCGGAGGUCAAGGUGCUGUACGGAGGGCAGAAGUGUGGCAACGGCUACGUGGAGGAGGGAGAGGAAUGCGACUGUGGAGAACUGGAGGAAUGCGUGAAUCCCUGCUGCAACGCCACCACCUGCACUCUGAAGGGGGAGGCCGUCUGUGCACACGGACAGUGCUGCCAGGACUGUCAGCUGAAGCCGGCGGGGACCCCCUGCCGGGACUCCAGCAACUCCUGCGAUCUCCCCGAGUUCUGCACCGGCGCCGGCCCCCACUGCCCCCCCAACGUCUACCUGCACGACGGCCACGCCUGCCACGGCGCCGACGGCUACUGCUACAACGGCAUCUGCCAGACCCACGAGCAGCAGUGCAUCACCCUGUGGGGCCCAGGAGCCAAGCCAGCGCCGGGCAUCUGCUUCGAAAGGGUCAACUCAGCAGGAGACCCCUACGGCAACUGUGGCAAGGACUCCAAGGGCUCGUUUGCCAAAUGUGAAGCACAAGAUGCUAAAUGUGGCAAAAUCCAGUGUCAAGGAGGAGCGAACCGCCCGGUAAUUGGGACCAACGCUGUUUCCAUAGAGACCAAUAUACCCCUGCAGCAGGGGGGGCGGAUUCUGUGCCGGGGGACCCACGUGUACUUGGGGGACGACAUGCCCGAUCCCGGCCUGGUCCUCACGGGGACCAAAUGUGGAGAUGGAACGAUGUGUCUGAACCGCCAGUGCCAGAACGUCAGCGUGUUCGGCGUGCACCAGUGCUCAGCCAAGUGCAGCGGCCGAGGGGUGUGCAACAACAACAAGAACUGCCACUGUGAGGCGCACUGGGCGCCGCCGUUCUGUGACCAGGCGGGUUUCGGGGGGAGCCUGGACAGCGGCCCCAUCCGAUUGGCCGACGGCAGGAACCUGACCGCGGGCGUCCUGGUGGCACUUCUUACCGUCCUGGGGGUCGGGCUGAUCAUCGGCAUCAAGAGGAGAACUCUACUGGGCCGACUCUUCACCAGUAAGAAGAACCCAGUGGAGAGGCUCAGGUCCGUGAGCGCUGCAGUCAGCGGCCCGUCCCCCCCCGCCCCCCCUCCACCAGCGAGCACGGCGUCUCCAUCCCGCCCGGCUCCACCUCUGCCGCACGGCGCCAGCGUCUUCAAGGCUCCUCACAGGGGGGCAGAGGCGCCGCCCCCCCCCCACAGCCUGCGCCGCCUGCCCCAGUGCCCCCCGCUUCACCUCGGCCACCCCGUCCCGCUGUCUCUCACCCUGUCCCUCUCGGCCGGCCUGGGGCAGCCGCGGGCCUGCGCGCCCCCCCCCCACCGGGCCCCGCCGCCCCACAGCCCCGCCGCGGCCCGGGGGCCGGCGUUUAAGGCGUCUCGCCUUAACUCCUGCAGAAUGGUGAUGGAGUUGGAGAAGCCCAGCGCUCCUCAGAAGCCGCUUCCCGCCGACCCGCGGGCCUCUCGCGUGACCCGCGGGCCCUCCGCGGCCCAGAGCCUCGUGGUCCAGCGCCUCUCCGCUGUUUGUGGCCCGGCGCCGGCCCCCGUCGCGCCCAGACCCGUGCGGCCCAUCCCUCAGCCCAACAGACCCGGCCCCAAGCAUCCUCCAACUCUACCAAAGCCUUGCGUAACUGCCAACGUCAAAUACAGCAGCUGAGACUUUGGCCCAAAGGGACGUUGUUGUGAUAACUUUGCACUAUGAAAACUCUGAAAACCUUAAAACGUACGUGACGGCGACGCCUCUGAAGGUCGACCAGAACAUCUGCCGGGUCCCUUUGGUGCUCUGUCUCCGACCGGUGCUAUGAGUCUGCGCUCAGGUACAUGUAAAGUAUUUAUAUACUGUAUUUAUUGCCACGCGGCCCGCGGUGCCAGACACUUUCACCAUGUGGUAGCGAUUUGUUUGUUUUAAUUUGCUGUUUGCACCAGUGUCACAUUGUUUCCUCCCAACGGCCGAGGAGGCGACGGGGCCGAAGGGAGCGGCGCGCCGACACUGCAGGGCGCGUUACUGUGCAAUCACACACAACAGAGUUCGCUCAUGUUACCGGGAGGUCCGCAGGUUUUCCACGUCCUCCGCAUUAGGAGCCCAGAACCUGGAGGGAACCGACGCCUGACGGGCUGACGGUCCUCACGUGUGGAUUGUAAAUCAUUGUUUUUCUUAUGUGGGUGACAGAAACAGACAGAUUGACUUGACGAGUGCACAUUUCUGAUGUCUCUGCCACUAAAAUCAUGUUGAGUGCUUACUCAUUGUGCUCUGAGCCACCGAUAAUCGAUAAACUAACUGGCAGAGAGUCAUUUUCUGUUUCUUUUCUACCUUUUUACUUUAGCUAGAGAGUUUUUUUUCCAUUUAGUCACAUACAAACUCUACACAAACUGGAUGUGGUAAAUAAAGUCACAUUAUUUUUGCAGCUGUAUUAUUGGACUGCAUUGUAAGAUUCACACUGAGCAACAUUCCCGUUUCUUUCAGCACUGUUGUUCAUGAAUACGUCGGCCUAAAGUGACUCUGGCCUUUUGUUACUUUUGAUACAGUCGUACUUUUAAUAACUGAGUAGUUGUGUUGAUGCAUCGCUGUGUUUACUUCACCUUCUCGAUGUACUAACAGACGUUCCGUCCGCGUGUUUCUUGUAUGUUGUGUUACCGGUGAACACAUUUCAUGAGAAUGCUUUUUAUGGAUUGUCUGCUCAUGCUAUUUUGAACACUCAAGUGGUAUUAGUAAAAAAGAAAUGCAAACAUUCAA